UAUUGCGCUCUAAUGCCUCGUCUGCCUUCCUCAUUCUCAUAUUCAUGUCGUCUCCUAUUCUCUGCAUACCUCCUGUUGUCCGCUGUUGCUGCUUUCCUUAUCCUCAAUGCAGUAGCCUCCCCGAUUACUACUCCUACCCCAAAUGAAAAUAGCCGCCACAUUCUCAUGUGUUUCAGGGUUUACCAAAGGCAGCAUGAUCAUUAUGCUAGCAUGGAAGAAACCCGGAGAUGAUGAAUAUAGGAGGGUUUUAGCGGGGUUUUCAGGUUCAGACCGAUUAUCUUUGUUCUUCACUGGAAAAUAUUUCGGUGGCUUCGAGCCUCAGGUCGCACCCUACACGGACUACGACAAAGCAAAUAAUAUCAUUCGUACUCGUACUUGGGUUCCCAACGUCGUCGACGUUCCCCUUCCGUCCUGGGGGCACAAAACUCCCGACAGAUCCGUCUUGAAGAAAAUUCCAAACGGUCUCACACCUAGUUCCUUUCUCAUUGCACAGUUCGGUCCCAACGAAGUUUUUCAGAACUACCACUUCCAGGUGAUUAGGGACCCUCAUACACUCGUUUCUCAGACCAAUAUGUUAUUGCUGGAGAGGAUGAAAGAAAAGAACGCAGAGUUUGGGGGUGUUUUGGUACCAGGGGAGCCAAUGCACAUCGGUCCGAAUUUGAGACAUGUAGUUAUUGUAGAGGAUGACCUGGAUUGGAUCAAUACGGUGUUGCUUUAUCUCUCAUUGCUCAAGCAACCUCAAACCGGAAUCCCUGUUUUGGCAGGGCGGGAGUUGGGAGGAUGGGUCGAGAUAUUUAAUGAAAUGGCUAAGAAGAGAGGUCUUGAACUGGAUCGGUAUUGGGAAUAUGCGUGGGGAGUGGGUAGCACUGUGGCACCGGCACAUUGAUAUUCGUUGUACUUGUCAAUAUUCCAUUGCAUGAUCGAACAACUUUGGCGUCAAGGAACGAAAAAUUCAAAUCGAGUGGGGGAAAAACUGAGGGAAAUAAUCAAAUAAGGCACUAGAAGAUACAAUGCGAAUGAUAUCUGAGGGUAGUCUACU